AUGGUCAGAGAGGUCUGGAGACUAGUGGGUGUUGCCUUAUCCAAUUCUUGGUUGUCAUUUCAAGACUUAUUCCUUCAUAUCCAUGUGAGUUUUGGCAGGGAACGUGCUUUAAGAUUGGCAGUUCAUGCAUGGAAAGUUUGGCAUGCAAGGAAUGAGUUAGUGUGGAAUAAUAAGGUGUUGACACCUCAGGCUAUCCAUAGUGCUGCCAAUACUUUUUAUACAGAUUAUCUUGAUUGUGGUCUUGAUAAGCAACGUGCACCAGGUCCGAGUCUUCUCUCUAAUAAUGCAGGUUCGGCUUCUAGUGCAUCAGAUUGGCUAGCUUAUGUGGAUUGUGCCACUUUCUCAACUUCGGAUUUGUUUGGAUUUGGUGCUGUGUUCGAAGAUGCUGAAGGAGUUUUUUCAAUUGCAAUUUCUGGUUAUACUGAGGGUCGUGGUUCUCCUACUAUUGCUGAGGCAUUGGCCUUGCGUCAAUGUUUAAUGUAUGCUCGUGAUGCUUUCCUGCAGGCUGGAAGUAUUUUCAUUGAUAGUCAGGUUUUAUUUUUCACCAUUCGCUCUAAUUCGGAGGACUUUUCUGAGUUUGGCGUCAUUGUUUCGGAUUGUAAAGAUAUUCUGCUUCUUUGUCCAAUUAUUUUAUUAUGCUGGAUUAGACGUAGUGCGAAUAAGGCUGCUCAUCUGUUAGCAAGACAGUCUAUUCGUUUUGAUCAUUUUAAACUCUGGGUUGAUAUGCCUGAGUGUCUGUUUGAGCAUUAUAGUUCAAGAUAA